AUAAUAAUAAUAAUAAUGCUCCUUGCAAUUCACUUCAGUGCAACAGUGGCAAUAACUCUUGUUUUAUGAAAUGCAAGACGACAGGGUGCAAACAGAAUUGCAACAAUGCAGUUCAAUUAUGCGAGAUGGAUCUGGAAUGCAGCGAAGGUGACUGUGAACAAAUUUGCAAUGCUAAAACAUGUAAACUGAACUGCAGUGGAGGAAAGUGCAAAAAACAGGAAUGCUCUGAUAAAGUAAAAAUAUGUGAAAUGGAUCAGAAAUGUGGCGAAGGGGAUUGUGAACAGACUUGCAAUGCUAAAACAUGUAAACUGAACUGCAGUGGAGGAAAGUGCAAAAAACAGGAAUGCUCUGAUGAAGUAAAAAUAUGUGAAAUGGAUCUGGAAUGUGGCGAAGGGGAUUGUGAACAGACUUGCAAUGCUAAAACAUGUAAACUUAACUGCAGCGGGGGAAAGUGCAAAAAACAGCAUUGCAGCAAUGGAGUAGAAGUGUGCAGCAUGCAUUGUAACGCUAUCGAUUGUACACAAACGUGCGACAGUCCCACAUGCCACAUGGUAAGAAGCUGGCCUAACAAUCCUCAGGGUGAGAUCACAUGUUGUGGGAGUGGUGGAUGCUGUGGAAGUCUCAUGCCCAAGUACGACUCAUUGCCUUUCACGAAGGGAGUCUUUCAUACCCGCUGUGACAUAGGUAAACAUUGCAGGUGCACUAAAUGUCUAAAUGGCUCCUGCAGCACUUCAGACCUAUACAUCUCGAAUAUCAUCACACCUGCCUUUUCUACAACAGAUCAAGUUUUCUCAACUCAAAUUCCAACAGUGCAACGAACAGGAAACUCCUAUACUUGUUCAGCAGCAGUAUCGUCAUUAGGUGUAGAAGCAUCAGAAACUGCAGAAUUAAAACUUAAUCCAUCAUCAGAAUCAGCAUCAACAACAUUAUCAGUUUCUUUGUCAUCAACAUCAUCAUCGCCAGCAGCAGCAUCGUUAUUUCCGUCACCAUCGUCAUCUCCGCCAUCAUCAACUUGGAAUAUUCCGUCAUUGACAUUGGAAGCACUGAGAAAUUUGGUAGGUACAUGAGUAUUGUAAUUCCUCUUUCUCUUUGUAAUUAUAAUUUUCAUAGCCUCUGGCAAUCGCCAACGUUCUUGUGUUUCUUCAUCACAGGCAAAUCAUUCUAUUUCUAAACUCACUGAAAUAGACAUCAAGAGAAACAAUUCGUUGAAGGAGGCUGUGCGUGUAUUUCAACACUUCACCGAUAACCUUCUGAACAUCACGAAACCCCAUGCAGGCCAACUGAGUAAUAAAGAAGAUGAAACAAAAAUAGGAUCCAUAUUUGAGGUGGCAGUCGCCUUCGAGGAAUUUGCUCUUAAUUAUGGUAAAUACCAUCUGAGUGGAACGAAUCCAUCUGCAAAAAUCACUAGUCAAAAC